UGAGUUUGAGCUACGCUGCUACAGAGACAGAAUGACCAUUCAUAAUUUCUCUAUUGAAUACGAUGCCAUCAACAGCAACAACAUCUUCACAAAUGGGGAUACCAUAAAAGGAAGAAUCAUUUUAGAAGUCUCAAAGGAGAUCAAGGUUCAAGCUCUUAUUUUCAGAGCCCAGGGGCAAGCACGUGUCUGCUGGCAUGAGCAGUACGGACAGUACGUGCAUGUGGUGUACACCUCUAAGGAUGAGUACUACAGAGUGGAACAUCACAUCUUCACAGAGACCACACAAGAUGGCACUGAAGUUAUUGGUCCAGGGAGACAUGUGUUCCCUUUUUCAUUCAAGAUUCCUGAUAGAAAAAUGCCAUCAACAUUUAAAUCCUCAGUGGGUAAAAUUGUGCACAAGUUGAAGGCAGAGCUAAAGCAGUCAAUGAAGAUCACAAAAACUGCUAAAACACACUUCACCUUAGUCUCACAAGCGGACCUGGACAUACCUGGACUUCUGGAACCUCAAUACGGCUGCAAAGAUAAAACUAUCAGUGUUUUCGGAUCCGGAACUGUUGCCAUUGAUGUCCGCACAGAGAGACUGGGAUAUUGGCAAGGUGAAGCUCUACAGGUCGUGGCUGAGAUUAAAAACCAGUCCUCUCGUGCGGUCAAGCCUAAACUGGUCUUGUACAAAAAGAAGAGUUAUUUUGCCCAGGGUCACAGAAGGGUCAACACGUCUGACAUCCUGAAGGAGACCUGUGAUCCAGUCGAGUCUGGCUCCAAUAAAACUGUCACCAAGACUAUCACUAUUCCAAAGGAACUGCCCUCCUCUAUACUCAACUGCAGCAUAAUUAAACUGGAGUAUAGACUCAAGAUCCUGCUGGAUAUCAAAUGUGCGAGUAACCCUGAGAUCAAGUUACCUAUAAUUGUUUUACCUGAACAAAGCAGCCUCACAGCAGUGGAUAACCAGUCGGCUACAUUAAAGGAAUAUGAAGCUUCAGCCCAGCCCAGUCCACAGGACAUUUACUAUCCACCCAUCCAGGCCUGGUCUCUGCCCACUCAGAACCUUGCACACCACCAGCCUGCUGCUGCAGCAGCCUCUGAUGACCCUCCUCCCUAUGGAUCUCUGUACCCCCACACAGACCAAAACAGCUUUAACUGUUACAUCCAGGGAAAAGGAAAGGGUGCUGCAAAUAUUAGUUAAACUCAACAGAAAAUUAUAUCCAAUGGCCUUUUCUUUUUGUUGUUUUUGGCAUAAAAAGAAAAUACUUAUUUACCUAGCUGAUUUGUACUUUAACAUUAACACCAACUUGUUUGAGGCAGGUAUUCUCAUCUAAAAAGCACUGCAUUUCUGGUGGAGGGUCAGUCAAAAACUUUUCUCCAUAAAAAAGUUAUUGCUUUGUUUGGAAUGUUUUGCAUUAUGGUAUUAAACCUUUCUAACUUCAUCUAGACCAAACCAGAUCAAGUUACGGGUCAAAUCUUUGGAGAGGCAUCCCCACUCGCAGUCAGAAAGCCUGUAUUUUUGAGCUAUAAAACCACAUAUAAUUGAAUAAAUGUAAUGUAGAGCUGUUUAAUGUCAUACUGUGGAACAUUCCAGACAGAGCAAAAAAGCAGGUGAUAAACGCCCAACCAAAAAGUUACCUAGUGCUGUUUUAAUCUGUUUUGUUGUUGUUGUUGUUGUUGUUUUUUAUAGAGAUCGAUAGAGAUAGAUAUGUUUAAAUAUCAUUCUUUACAAUAUUCAGGAACAAACAAUAACAUCUCCAUGGAGACAAGUAGCAGACCAUUUUCCAGAAAAGGUACAUAGUGCACAUUUAUUUAUGCAUUUAUUUAUUUUAUGUUUAUUGUGAUUUGACAUUAGACAUUUGACUUCAGGGAAUAGGGAGGGCAUUCAUCAGGUUUGAAUGGGGUGAUGUGACAAUAAGAUACAUAGUGAGCAAAUAUGUUUUUAC